UUCCAAAUCUCUAUACACUCUCUGUUCCGCUUUAUUCGCUUAGGUAUACGGCUUCCAUUCACAAAGUAUACGUUUUAGUCAUCACCAAUUGAUUGUUGGAGAAGGAUGUCUAGCGCAUGUAGCGACAAGUCAUCAUCGUCGUCGAUGACCGGCGGUUUAGGAGGAGGGGAAAAGGAAAUCAUGUUGUUUGGUGUGAGAGUUAAAGUUGAUCCUAUGAGGAAAAGCGUCAGUCUCAACAAUCUGUCACAGUACGAGGAACCAAAUACUAACAACAACAACAAUAGCAACAAUGGUGGUGAUAAUAUCAACGAGUCUUCUAAAGUGGUUGAUGAAGGUUAUGCUUCUGCAGAUGAUGCUGUUCAACACCAGUCCAACAGUGCUCGUGAGCGUAAGCGAGGAGUUCCAUGGACGGAGGAAGAGCACAAGUUAUUCCUUUUAGGAUUGCAGAAAGUGGGAAAAGGAGACUGGAGAGGAAUCUCUAGAAACUUCGUAAAGACUCGCACACCGACGCAAGUUGCUAGUCAUGCUCAGAAGUAUUUCCUCCGCCGAAGCAACCUCAACCGUCGUCGUCGCCGAUCCAGCCUCUUUGAUAUCACCACUGAUUUGGUAUCAGUAAUGCCAAUAGAAGAUGGGGAAAAUAAGCAAGAAAUCCCAGUUCUAGCACCAGCAACAUUACCUACUGCAGAAACUACCAAAACCAAUGCAUUUCCGGUGGCACCAGCUGUUGGUCCUAUCAUGUUACCAGCACAGAUUGAUAAGUCAAGAGAGAGUCCAACUCUGUUUCAACGAGAUCAAGGGAAUUCAUCGAUGCUGGUUCGUCCUGUUCCUAUGUUUUCAAUGCCCAAUCCAUCAACAAUGAUCGACCUUAACGCGAACCAGAACUCAACAAUUGAGCCAUCGUCUUUGUCACUGAGAUUAUCCUUGUCACUAGAUCAAGGACAAGCAUCAUCUACUAGACACCCGGCAUUUAAAGUGAUGUCAAGCUUCAGCAAUGGAGAAAGCAUCAUCAGAGUGGCAUGAGAUCAAAGCAUCUCUGAAAAAAUGAAAGCAAUAUGGAAACCAAAAAAAAUAGGACGAGUGAGUAAGGGUUCAUAAUUAUAAUUUAUAUGUUCAGGAAAUGUUUAUUUAAGGAGAUAUCCAUGUGAUUAAUUGACUAGACUUCUGGUCCUGAUUUGUACAGACCAGAAAUAUGUCAUGCCUUGUGGUACUGUUUAAUGCUAAUCUUAUUUAACUA